AUGGUAUUGCGGAUCUCCGGUCGCGCCUUUCUGGGGCCGGAGGUUUGCGGCGACACAAGAUGGAUUGAUGCAACUAUGGGAUAUCUGGAAAUGGGGGUUAGAACUGCUUUCGUCCUCCAGGUCUUUCCUCGUUUCCUAUUUCCGCUGCAAAGAUGGUUCCCUCUGUGUCGGAAGGUCCGAAAGCAUAUUGACAUGACAGGAACGAUUCUCCGUCCCUUAAUUGACAGCCGUCGUGCAGACAGAAAGUCAGCACAGGAUGCCAUUAGUUGGUUUGAUGAAGCAGCCGCUGGAGAGCCGUACAACCCUGUGUUUUCUCAGCUCUCGCUCUCCUUCGCAUCAACUCACACCACCGCUGAUACAAUGACCAAAGUCAUAAUUCACCUCGCUGAAAAUCCAGCUGUCGUUAUAGACCUUCGGAAGGAAGUUAUCGACGCAAUAGCUAAAAAUGAUGGAUUGACAAAGUCCGCUCUAUCUCAAAUGAGACUAUUGGACAGUAUUUUGAAGGAAUCCCAGCGGCUGGAACCUUUGGCAUCAGCAACGAUGAACCGGGUGACAUGUGAAGACGUGACCCUUUCGAAUGGCCUAUGGAUUCCACGGAACAUGUAUGUGUUGGUGUCGGGGCAUCGCAUGAGGGAUCCUACCCUAUACCCGGACCCGGGUAAAUUUGACGCAUACCGGUUCGUCAAGAUGCGCGAGAGCGGCAAUAGAAAAAGUGAUUGUGCAUACACAGCAGCGACGGUGGACCACAUGGGAUUUGGCUACGGGAAGCACUCUUGCCCUGGCCGAUUCUUUGCCGCCCAUGAGGUAAAGAUUAUUCUGUGCCACUUGAUCUUGAAGUAUGACAUCAAAUUACCCGAGGAUCAAGCACGUACGUAUUUGCUUGCCGGAUUCUUCACAUCCGCUGGACCCAGGAACAAGCUUCUUGUUCGCAGGCGCGUCGAGGAAAUUGCACUAUAA